AUGCCUGGGCGAGAAGUGAUUCCUCGCACAGCGGUCGAUAAAGAUCGAAGACCUGCCGGUAGUCCAUACGCUGCGUCGCUGGGUCCAGCGAGGCAUAGACUGCCUAAGCAGCAACAGCCGCAGCAGAUAGUUGCCGUUGAGCCGGCCUGUGAGUGCUGUCUCAGACUGCUGCAUGCCACGCAUAGGGUCCGCCAGGCACUAGAGGAUGUGCUGGUAAACGCCAGGAUGGUGUUCCUCAGCGACACGUUGCACCACCAAAUGGGGGACGAGCGGUGGCUUCGUGCCCUGCAGGCGCUUGGAGAAGAGAAGACGACAUACUUUGCAAGGACUGUGCUGCUUAGUAACAUUGUGUCAACGACAGACUGCAAGCUGGUGCAGCUAGAUAGAUAG